CUUAAUGCAUGUUCAGCGACGAUAUAGUUAGCAAGAAUGAUGGCAGGAACGGAUGCUCAGCUACCCAUUAUAAACCUUCAUGUAAGCAGAUUGUUGAGUACCGUACACGUCUGGAACUCUGCCAUUAUGUCUGAGCAAGAGAGAUCAUUUAUUGGCAAAGUAGCAUUGAUAACAGGUGGAAGUUCAGGUAUUGGUAAAGGAACAGUUCUUUUGUUGUCCAAACUUGGAUGCAGUGUAGCUUUUGGAGGAAGAAACAAAGAUGAACUUGACAAAGUGGUGGCCAAAUGCAAAGAAAUUAGAGCUGAUGCCCAGGUUCUGUCAGUGCAAGGCGAUCUAGAGAAAGAUGAAGAUGUGAAAGCUCUUUUUGAAGCGACCAUCAAAGAAUUUGGAAAAUUGGAUAUUCUGGUCAACAAUGCUGGGAUAGUUAUACCUGGGACCAUAGAAACGACUUCACUGGAAGACUUUGACAAGGUUAUGAGAAUCAAUAUGAGGGCUGUUUUCUACUUGACAUCACUGGCAGUGCCUUACCUCAUUCAAACACAAGGUUGCAUUGUGAAUGUUUCCAGUGUGAAUGGCAUGAGAUCGUUUCCUGGAGUGCUUGCCUACAACAUGUCUAAAAGUGCUGUUGAUCAAUUUACAAGAUGUGUUGCACUUGAACUUGCAUCAAAAAACGUUCGAUGCAACUCAGUCAACCCUGGAGUAAUAAUCACUGAAAUUCAUAAACGGGGAGGUAUGGAUGACGAGGCUUACGCAAAGUUUCUAGAACGUUGCAAACAAACUCACGCCUUGGGAAGACCAGGAAAUGUGGAUGAAGUAUCGAGUGUAAUUGCUUUCCUUGCAUCCAGUGAAUCGUCUUUCAUGACAGGUGCUUCGUUGCCUGUUGAUGGAGGAAGACAUGCCAUGUGUCCGAGAUGAAAGAAAUACAAACUGAAUGCUCCUGCUUAUAAAUUAUUAAAGCUUGUUACAUUUCUUCGGGAGCGAAGGGUGGAAAGUUUGAAUAGAAAGAUAAGUCUCUGUAAUUGUAGCACUAUAAGCAGAACCUCACAUGAUUUACCAAUGUCAAUGAUAAGACAUAGUCGCGAGUUUUAUUCAAAUCGUUUUUCUCUCUGGCAUCGACAAAAUAAAAAUCCAAUUAUUUAUUGCGCAUUGGAA